UCUGUCUGCAUCUCUCUCAUUUCGCUCCUUUGUGACGAGCGUGUCGCUCUGCAGUAACCUAUAUCAGCAGGUAAAUGGAUCUCGCCAGGCGGAGGUCGAUGUGAACAAGCGACGAGAUAUUUUAAACCCAUUCCAACUGAGGAUUGUCUCCAAGAAACCCCCCACCCCACCCCUCCCUCCCCAGACGAUUCAAAAAGAUUCUAGGUAGCUGAGGACUGGAGAAUUCGGGACAAGUAACAACACAUGCAAUGCAAUGUCUGAGCAGACCUGGAAUAACCCGCUGGUGUCCUCUCUUGGUUACACUGUGGAGUCAGUCUGUUUCCCUCUCUUUAUGUGAACUGAAUACAAAUGGAGAAGAGAUCCACAUGGAAUUGGAAGGAUCUGAGUGUCCCAUCAUUGCUACUGCGCGAGAGAGCAGGUUGUGCAGUGAUUUGAGACUGGCCCCACCGCUGAAACUGGAUUGCCUAUUCUGAGAGUUGGAGUGUGUGUAUGUGUGUUUGCGUGGCGGGGUGUUUAAUUUCAACAGUAUCGCACAAUUUAGGCUUUCCGGCGAAGCCCUGACUCCAGAACAUGCACAGGAACUUCCGACGGUGGAUCCUAUAUGUCUUCCUCUGCCUGGGUUUCAUCUAUGUCAAGUUAGGAGCUUUGUCCUCAGUGGUGGCCUUGGGAGCGAAUAUCAUCUGCAACAAGAUCCCAGGACUGGCACCCCGGCAGCGGGCGAUCUGUCAGAGCCGCCCGGAUGCCAUCAUCGUGAUCGGGGAAGGGGCACAAAUGGGCAUCAACGAGUGUCAGUACCAGUUCAGGCACGGCCGCUGGAACUGCUCGGCACUGGGAGAGAAAACAGUCUUCGGACAGGAGCUCAGAGUGGGUAGUCGAGAAGCAGCGUUCACUUAUGCCAUCACUGCAGCUGGUGUAGCUCAUGCAGUGACUGCUGCCUGCAGUCAAGGAAACCUGAGCAACUGUGGCUGUGAUCGAGAGAAACAGGGCUACUACAACCAAGACGAAGGCUGGAAGUGGGGAGGCUGCUCGGCAGACAUCAAAUAUGGAAUUGAGUUCUCAAGGAAAUUUGUAGAUGCAAGGGAAAUUAAAAAAAACGCCAGGAGGCUGAUGAAUCUGCAUAACAACAAAGCUGGGAGAAAGAUUUUGGAAGAAAGGAUGAAGUUGGAAUGCAAAUGUCAUGGUGUUUCUGGUUCGUGUACUACCAAGACAUGUUGGACAACUCUUCCCAAAUUCCGAGAGAUUGGAUAUGUUUUGAAAGAAAAGUACAGUGAAGCUGUUCAUGUUGAAGCUGUCAGGGCCACCCGAUUACGACAGCCCACAUUUCUCAAAAUCAAGAAGCCCAGGACCUAUCGAAAGCCCAUGGAUACAGAUUUAGUUUAUAUUGACCGAUCACCAAACUAUUGUGAGGAGGAUAGCUCAACAGGAAGUGUAGGAACACAGGGAAGACUAUGUAAUCGCACCUCUCUUCAUGGAGAUGGCUGUGACCUGAUGUGCUGUGGUCGAGGUUACAAUACCCACCAGUAUACCAAAGUGUGGCAGUGCAACUGCAAGUUCCACUGGUGCUGUUUCGUCAAAUGUAACACAUGCAGUGAAAGAACUGAAGUCUUCACCUGUAAGUGAGAAAGUCAACCUGCCAGAAAAAAAAGUCAGAUACUUCAUCCAGGGGAAAAGAAACAACACGGGAGAAAUGGAGAAGAAAGAAAUUGGAAGGAGUCAACAAAAGAAGAAUGGAAUUUAAUACUAACUCACCACCUUUUCAGUACAAAAUUGUGUAUGUACUUAAAAAUGCACUCUCUGCUUGAGAGGAUGUUGUAGGUUGGCUGAUGUUUCCAUCUCAUGAUCACCAUAAACCAGGAGUCAGAUGCAAUUUGACAUAUGUAACGCCAGUGCAAGUCUGCAAUAAUUGCAAUGCACUUUGGGAACUGCAAUCCAUUCUUAUGGGUGAUAUUGUUGAUAUCUGUACAAUAGGUGAACAAGCUACAACUCUCAGAAUGCUGUGCACUUUACAGAUUCUCCCCAUUUUCAUUUUCCCCACAAGAAAUUCUGCUCAACUGUGGCACAAUCCUAUGCUUCUAGAAAACAGUAAUUGUGCACAAUAAAGAAAAAGUGUGAAGCAAAGUGAGCAGCGGGGUGUUAGGAGAGUCAUCAGAUGGCAAAGGAUCACAAGAAAUUACUCUUGUAAUUAAGAACUGGAAAUAACUGAGCUGCAUCAUUGUAGAAAUGAUGUGCUGACAUUCAGAGUAAGGCUGGAGGCCAUGCAGAUCAUUUUGUUUCAAAAUGACUAAAUAUAUGUCUUGUCCAGUCUCACUGGAGCUGUUCGGAUAUCUUAAAAAUGUUUAUUUAUGUUGUAGAACACAAGCAAGAUUAAGCACUAACGGGUAGUAAUAUUGUAAUUUUUUAAAAAUGUAAACUUGUUAGAUUCCUUUCUGACUUCUAACACAUUUAUUUGGAUAUGUUCCCAAAUAUUUUUGUGACAUUACUCUACAUAUAUGCCAAUAGUUUAACAAUACAAGUGGCUAGAAUGUUAUAGAGAAACUCAUGAACAACUUAAUUUUAAAAUUAACAUCAAGGUAUUCAUAGGUGCAAAUACUCUUUUAAAAAAUAAUUUAUUUUGAAAGAAAGUUCCUGAAUGCUGGGACAAAGGGAUGUUAUUUGCUACAAAUAUGGCUGACCAUAAUUAUUGAUUAUAAAUGUUUUAUAGUUGAGGAUAUCUUAUUACUCAGAUCAAUACAUUGAUCCUUAAUUUGAUCAGUAUUGUGUCUCCACUUGACCCUUGUCACUGUUGCAUUUUGCAGAAAAGGAAUAUCCUAGAAAAGGUGAUUGUGGCUGAAAAUGUGCUCUUUUGGUUGUAACUAUAUAGUAUUCUCUUUCACUACAUGACUAUCAUACAAUUUGUGGGCUGGCUGGUCUAUACGUAGCUUUGUUCCCUCACCCCAUGCAUUAAGUUCAAGACAAUGGAUUAUGGGUUUCAGUAGGUGCUUUCUCAUCUACAGUGCACAUGUGCCACAUUGUAACCAACUGAGACAAUUCAAUUACUUAAACAUGGAAUCUUACAUAAACAUAUGGCUUAGAUUUACUUCGUCCUUAUGGACUUACUUCAUCCUUUCCAUAGUUCCCUCAUCUUCAAUCAGGAGGAAAUAAUCCAUUUCAGGUUUGGCCUGUGGAAGCUGAGUGUUGUUCAGGUAGCAGAAUAAAACUAGUUUAUUUGCUUUAUGCCAAACAGCACUCAAAGCACCAUACUUUAGCUGGCAAGCCAAGCUGAGACCACACUUUUCAUUGUCCUACUAAAAUCCCUAGAGUUAAGAGAUCAGUGCACAACUGGGAUUGAACCCAGUUCCCUCUGGGAAACCACUACCAGAACAUUAAUAAUAUAAUGGAAAACUUGAUAACAUAACAGUAUGACUGAGAAAUUUGAAAUGAGAUGACUCAUAUUGUUAUAAUUACUUUUAAGUGAAUAUUUGACAACCAUGCCUCCUCCCUUCAUCAUACAGUUUCCACGCUGGAACAUUUUCAUCUGUGACCACGUACAAGCACUGUCGAACAUACCUUCAGUUUGUUACCAUCUCUGGUUUCUUCCUGUUUUGACACUGUCCUUCACCUGGUUGUGCAUUAUGAAAUCACCUGUGGAUAGUGACACAAUUGAUGUCUGUCUGCUGAGGUUAUAUUUUGGAAAAUGACUGGCACUUUUUCCAGUAAAGAUACGAGCUGAGCUUGUAUUCAUACACAUACAUCAUCACCAUAUAGGUAGCCACAGCUCUGCCACUUUUGCAAUUCAAUGAUUUCAAUUAAGUGACUGAAAAAUAAUGAAAAAGCAAAGAAAACAAUAAGUGCUGAAAGAUGCCAGGAAAACACACCGGCUCAGGACCAUAGUACAUACCCAAAUUUCAAACAGCCAUCCAGAACCUUUUAGAAUGGGAACUUAAUUCAAGGAGCUGGUUAUUAAGUUUGUAGUGAACAUGUUUGAAAUCAGACAUAUUUGAGCAUACCAAAAUCUGAGUUUUGAUUUAUGUGACAUCCUGAAAAGACUGAAACAUUCAGUAUGUUAGGGAUUUUAAAAUUAAUUGCUAGUCAUCAAAUAAUACUAAACUCAGUUUAGAAGGUUUUUCCAGAUAAAUUAUAAGAUCUUGGUCUGCUACCAGUAUGAUAGAGACACUGUAAUGAGUUACUUGCCAGCAAGAAAUGAUUUGGGGAACUUAUCUGUAGUCCCAUUUACACUGAAGUUUGCAAUAACUUGUAAAUCUUCAAAAUUACUCAUAACGAUCAUUAAAACCUAUGUAAAAGUUUUCAGUUUUCUCAUAUACAAACAGACCAGAAGGGAUAGUGAUCAUUUAAAUAUGCAAGUUAUGAUCUCAGUUUAUUGGUAGUAUCGAGGGCAGUAAUAGAUGUUUUACAGUUGACUUUAGUAGCCUCAGAAAAACAGACUCCACUGAGAAUUCAUAUCAUGUGACAUCAAGAAAGGGCUUUGCUGUGGUUUGCAUCCAUUACAAUUGUUACUAAAACCUUUUUCCCAGAUUCUCAGAAGAGAAAUUAUUACUUUAGAAGAAAUACAACUGGAUAUUGAACAUGUAAGCAAUGAUACGACAAUGAAGCAAGUUCAAUUAUAUCAGGCAGCUGGAUAUGUGGCAGUUCAAAACAAUUCAAUAUCACCCUCAACAAGCCUUGAAUUCUUCCUUCAACAAUGUUUUCCUGUAGUUGUACACAAUAGAGACAGAGUUUGCUUGAGCAGCUUAACACAUUUACAGUGAUUGCCAACAUAAAAAUUAAAACGUCAAAAAAAAGGCCCAAACUACAUUGUAUAAUUACAAGGUGGCACUUAGUAUUGGAGAAAAUGGAAAUAAAUGUUAAAGUUUACAUUUUUCAAUUACAAUAUUCAAAGCUGAAAGUUGAAAUAAAUUCCACUUCCAUUCUGUUACGCCAAUAGAACAAAAUGGAACCAUAAUGGAAUACUAGAGAACACGAGGCAAUUUCCUAUUCAAGGACAGCUAGGAAUUGAAUAGACUGUUGGUGUUAUUUGCUAUCUUUGAUAGAAUUGGAAGUCAAUUCUAUUUACCUCCAAGAGAAUGCUGACACAGAAACACCACUGCAAUUUUUUUUAGGGGAUUUCCAAAUAUGCUGCCAGCUAGCACAAACUCUUACUUCCCUUCUAGAACUCUUCCUUGGAAUGAACAAGGGUCAGGUUGUCUUAUAUCCACUCCUCAUCCCCACCCAAUUCAGGCAAUGAGAUUGACAAAAUUUGGAAAAUAGUUAAUGUACAUGACAAGAAAAAAAAAUCAGAUGAGCAACCACUGUCACCCAAACCUUUUCAGACUAUGGUGUUAAAAGAAUCAAACAAUAUACUUGGAUUAUGAGAAUAUGUAGUGAGAAAGUCAAGGUAAUUUAAAGUAUUUUACAACUUAAACCUGACAAAUCCCUUAGAACUGAUUGCCUAAAACUCUAUGCUUCUAAGGGAGAUAGCUGCAAUGUACUGGAUAGACAAGGAGGAGGCUGGAAGGAUACAGCAAGCUAGGAAGCAUCAGGACCUGAAGAAGAGUUACACCCAAAACGUUGACUUCUCCACUUCUUGAUACUUUGGCUUGCUGUGUUCUUCCCACCUCCUGCUUGUCUACCCCGGAAUCCACCAUCUGCAGUUUUCUUGCCUCUAAUGCAGAUGUACGGGAGGCUGUAACUAUGACUUUCCAAAAUUCCUUAGAUUUGGGAAUGCUUCUGUCAUGUUAAUGUUUAUGGCAAUCGCUUGAUUAACUCCUCAAGUUAGUUUAUUUAAAACCAUAAAACAAAUAAGACAUUACAUCAAGUUAUCUGAUUUCUGUGUGGGAACCUUGCAACCCCAAUGAAGACUAACUGGCAAGGUACACAUUCAACAAGUCACACAUGCAAAAAGCAUGCAAAUGUAACACCACAUUUCAAGAAAUUAGGGAGGGAGAAAAUGAACUACUGUCCAGUUAACCUAACGUUUGUCUCUGGGAUAAAGUGAGACUAUACUAUUGCAUUACGUGUAUUGGAAAUGGCAUAUUGAUGAUUCACUUACUUGGUUCCUAGGAUGAUCAGCAAUCUCACUGAAACAUGUAAGUUUGAAAGGGAUAUGUCAGAAUAGAUGCUGAGUGUCCUAACAAUGCACUUAGAGAAGUAUAAUUAGGACAAAUCAAAUAAUUUUGCAAAAGGUACAUUAUUUUUGAGAAAGUUGUUAGCGUUUUGGAGGAUGUAAUUAAUACUGCACAUACUGGGAAACUAAUAGAUACAGUAUAUCUGUAUUUCCAAAAUGCAUUCAAUAAAGUGCCACACAGAAGACUAACAGGCAAGAUAAGGACUCAGGUAGUAAGGGGUAAUAGAGGAUUAGUUAAUGAAUAGGAGGCAAAUACUGGGCAUAAUCAGGGCAUUUUCCAUUUGGCAGGCUAUAACUAGAGGAGUGCUAGGGCUGUAGCUAUGUACACUAUAUAUUUAGUAAGUUUGUGGAUGACACCAAAAUUGCUGGAGUUGCAGAUAGUGAGGAGGAUUGUCAAAGGAUACAGUGGGAUAUAGGUACAUUUCAGAGUUGAGCAGAGAAAUGUCAGAUGGCAUUUAAUCCAAACAAAUGCAAGGGGAUACAUUUGGGAAGAUGAAACUCAGGUGCGAAUUCUAGAAUAAAUGGCAUAACCCUUUGAAGCAUUGACAUAGAGGGGGAUUUGGGCAUACAGGUACACAGAUGCCUGAAAGUGGCAACACAGGUGGAUAAGGUGAUCAAGAAAGCAUAUAGCACACUUGCCUUCUUUGGCCGGGGCAAUGAAUUUAAAGUUGGCAAGUUAUGUUACAACAGUAGAAAACUUUGUUGGGCCACAUUUGGAAGAUUGCAUACAAUUCUGGUCGCCACACUACCAGAAGGAUGUGGAUGCAGAGAAGGUUUACCAGCACGUUGCCUGGUCUGGAAGGCGUUAUUUAUGAGGAGAGGCUGUAUAAAAUUGGAUUGUUUUCACUGGAAAGACUGAGGGUGAGGGGUGAUUUGAGAGGUCUACAAAAUUAUGAGAGGCAUAGAUACAGUGGAUAGUCAGAGGCUUUUUCUCAAGGUGGAAAGGUUGACGUCAAGAUGGCACAGGUUCAGGGUGAGGGGGGGAAAAAUUAGGGGAGAAGGGCAGUGAAAAUCUUUCUCAGAGAGGGUGCCGAGUGCCUGAAACACACUGCCAGUGAAAGUGGUAGAAGCAAAACAUUAGCAACGUUUGAGGCAUCUUGAUAGACAUGUGAAUGUGAGGCAAACAGAUGUUGAGAUACCAUGCAUGGGCAAUAUGUAGCAGGUCUAAAUAAGGAAUAGGAAUUGGUACAGAUUUGGCAGACCGAAGGGUAUGUUCCUGCACUGUAAUGUAUGAAUUACGUAUGUUACUACUCUGUCCCUCCAUCUAUGUUUGCUGAUGAUACAAAGUUGGGUGGUCAGGUAAUCUGUGGGUAGAACACAGAGGAAAUGGAAAGACAUAUCGAUAUUUAAAGGAUAACAAGAUGGCAGGUGGAGUAUAAUCUGGGAAAAUGUGAAGUUUUACAAUUUGGAAGUAAGGAUAGAGAAGCCAUUUUUUAAAAAAAACUUUCAAGACUACUAAACAUUAUUGGAGUAUAGGAAUGUAGAAUUUGUCCUGCAAUUGUACAGGGGCUGGUGAGAUGAAGUCUGCAAUAAUGCGUGCAACUUUGGUCUCCAUAUUUAAGAAAUUUAUGUUGCAUUGCAUUAUUUUUAUUGGACUUAGGACAUUGAAGGUCCACUAAAUUAGUCCCUUGAUCAUUGGGAUUAUCAUAUAAUAAGAGGUUGAGUAAAUUGGGCCUAAGUUGCCCAGAGCUCGGAAAAAUGUGAGGUGAUCUAAUUGAAACAUGUAAGAUAUUUAAGUAACAUGUCAGAGUAGAUGGUGAGGGAUUGUUUUCACUGAUUGGAAAAUCUAAAACACAGGGGCAAAGUCUCACAAUAAGAGGUUUAUCAUUUAGAAUUGAGAUGAGGAGAAAUGGAAGAGUUUUGACUAUUUGAAUUUUUUUAUUCCUGAGGGUUAUGGAUACUCUGUGGUUGAAUACAUUUAAUGCUGCGAUAAUCAAAUGUUUGGUCUCUAUGGAAAUUGAAGGAAAUGGGGAUAAGGCAGGAAAGUGAAGUAAAGUUGAAGUCUGAUUGUACAGUCUAUCCUGCUCCUAUUUCUCAUGUUGGAUGCCUUAAAUUGUUUCAAAAUUGUCCUACACUACCUUCUUUUACAUUCACAAAGCACAGUUAUUGUCACAUUGGUAUUGCAGCACUGCAAGAUAUGUGAAUUCAUAGACAAUAAACCCAUGUUGUGGACAUUAGUACACUGACAAUACUCUAUCUGUCAGUUAUUUGAAGCAAUACAUCUGCUGACAAUGUACCCUUCAAAAACAUACAUUAUCACAUAAUUUAAAAAUGGGCAUUCUGGUGAUGAAUGUAAAUUUUCUUGGGUAAUUUUGAAUAAGUUUUCAAACCAGAAUAUAGUGUUAAAGCGCUGGCCAAUAUAACUGCGAUAUUUCCUUCUGAGUGCAUAAAAGCUCUACAGGACUUCUUGCUAAGGACUUGUACAUAGCCUUCAGUUCUAUAGUAAGAUUUAUUGGGACAACAGACUAACUUUUGGAUCUGUUUUAAGCUGUACACUUAGUAGAUCCCAAGGCCUAAAAGCUAAGAGACAUCCAACUGCUUUCUUUUCUCCCUAGUAGUUAACCAACAAAGGGAACAAACUAUUUAACCACUCUCCACUCUCCUCCUAAUGUCACCGGACAGGUUACCCAGAGGUUCUGGGGACAAGGGUUCAAAUCCCAUUCUGGCAGCUGGUAGAAUUUAAAUACAAUUAAUUAAAAAAUCUGGAAUUGAAAGCUAGUCAUCAGUAAUGAUGAAUCAAUUAUUCUAAAAGCCUUUCUGAUUUACUAGCUUCUUUGAAGGAAAGAAAUCUGCUAUCCUUACACGAUCUGGCCUACAUGUGACUCCAAAUCCACCAUCAUGUAACUGACUUUUAAGUGUCUUCUGACUCGGCCUUGCAACAUUCAAUUUAAGGGCACUUGAGAAUGGACAACAAAUGCUAGAAUUGCUAGUGAUCCUCACUUAUGAUUUUAAAAAGUGCUCAAAGCAUCAGAUUCAUAAAUUUUUCAGGUGCUAAGAAAGCAGCCCUGUGGAUACCAAGACUUUUUGUAGACUGUUUAACAUUUUUAAUGAAAUCAGUAGCAGCGUGGUGAGACACAAUUCGUCAAACAGUUUAGCAGCCAAUAUUGGUUGAACUGCUCGAGAGAAUAAGUACUCAGGAGAAGUCUAUGCUUUCAUUUCCCCCAUGGAUGGAUGCAGAGGAGGAAAAUAAUUUGCACAUAUCAUCCCAAAGUCACUGGACUGGUGGGCGGCACGGUGGUUAGCACUGCUGCCUCACAGAGACCCGGGUCCAAUUCCCGCCUCAGGCGACUGACUGUGUGGAGUUUGCACAUUCUCCCCGUCUCUGUGUGGGUUUCCUCCGGGUGCUCCGGUUUCCUCCCACAGUCUAAAGAUGUGCAGGUCAGGGUGGAUUGGCCAUGCUAAAUUGCCCGUAGUGUUAGGUGCAGGGGUAAAUGUAGGGGAAUGGAUCUGGGUGGGGGCGCUUCAGCGGGUCGGUGUGGUCUUGUUGGGCCGAAAGGCCAGUUUCCACACUGUAAGUAAACAAAGUAAGUAGGUAAUCAAAGUCGUACGUAAGUCAUCCCAAAUACAUGUUUAGAAACUGAGUACUUGUUGGAGCCAUAGGUAUGGGAACAAACAGGUAUUAGCCUUCCACUUCAGUUGAGCAAAAAAAGGUGACCUACAAAAAGAAAACAUUUGUCAAAAAGAAAAAACAUGACACAGAUAUUCUACUUUAAAUCUGUGCUAACAGUUAUAUUUGUUGGAUUGAAUGAUUUGGGAAGGGGAGAUUCACUCAUUGAAUUUCCUGACAUGAAACUGGGAUGGAACAUUAAUUUUCCCAGCUGGAAUCCUCCAGAAUAAAAUGUAAAUCCGACUUAAUUGAUUUGUAAUUUCUGAGUUGCAUGAUAGUUAUUUUUGGAUAUUUUGAGCAGUUUAUGCUUUUGACAAUGACUGAAAGGCCUACAUAUUUGAACUGUGUGUGUAUAGUGACAUUAAAGUUCAGUCUCACAUUUUGAACAGCAGAUACUCCAGCUACACAGAUCUACAACAAUUUGUAUAAACACCAGCACUUUUGCCUGACAUGAACAAUUCCCAUUGCUUUUAAGCAAUGCAUUUUCCCUCUAUGUAGAAA